AUGCUGCCUUACCUGUUCCCUGAGCUGUCCACCUUUGCUACAGUCGCCGAUCUCAUCACCCACCUUCGCACUAGUGACGCUCGCCUGCGUGCCGCCCUUCCCACCGAGUUCUGCGCUAAGAACCCCCCUCCGCUGCACUGGACGCUCCAUUUCAUAGUCACCCGUCUCCCUGACACCCUCAGCUCAGUCCGAGACUACUUCCUUGCCCGCUGUCCCACUGAGCUCACAGUCGCCCUCCUAGAGGAGAAGCUGCUAGCAGCCGAGAAGAGCAUUGUAGCUGUAGGCGCCGCACCGGCAAGGGCAAGGGGGGCAAGGGUGGCGGGGGUGGCGCUGGGGGGGGAGGUGGUGGGGGAGGUGGGGGAGGAGGCGGUGCCAGAGGGAGCGGUGGCGGGAGUGCUGAUGGGAGUGGAGGCAGCAGUGGGGGGAGGGGCGGCGGCGGGAGUGGUGGCAGCGGUGGCGGCGGUGGCAGCGGCGGUGGCAGUGGUGGCGGUGGCGGCGGCGGCGGUGGCGGUCGGAGCGGCGGUAGUGGCGGCGGUGGUGGUCGGAGUGUAG